CGGAAGUCGGGCGCUGGUCCCCUUACACUGCGCGGGUGUGUGCGGUUCCUCCUUCGGCUACCCCGGGGCCGAAGUGUACGUCGGGGAUCCCGUAGCCUUCGGCUUGUGUCUCAGCCGAACUACCUGCUCCGCACGGGGCUGCGUGCAGCCUAUGGCGGGGGCCGCCCCGACCACGGCCUUUGGGCAGGCGGUGAUCGGCCCGCCUGGUUCGGGGAAGACCACAUACUGCCUGGGCAUGAGUGAGUUCCUGCGCGCGCUGGGCCGGCGCGUGGCGGUGGUGAACCUGGACCCGGCCAACGAGGGGCUGCCGUACGAGUGCGCUGUGGACGUGGGCGAGCUGGUGGGGCUAGGCGACGUGAUGGACGCGCUGCGGCUGGGGCCCAACGGCGGCCUGCUGUACUGCAUGGAGUACCUGGAGGCCAACCUGGACUGGCUGCGUGCCAAGCUAGAUCCCCUACGCGGCCACUACUUCCUCUUCGACUGCCCAGGCCAGGUGGAGCUCUGCACGCACCACGGCGCUCUGCGUAGCAUCUUCUCCCAGAUGGCGCAUUGGGACCUCAGGCUGACUGCUGUCCACCUGGUGGAUUCUCAUUACUGCACAGACCCGGCCAAGUUCAUUUCGGUACUGUGUACUUCUCUGGCCACGAUGCUACAUGUGGAGCUGCCCCAUGUCAACCUGCUCUCCAAGAUGGACCUCAUUGAGCACUAUGGGAAGUUGGCCUUCAACCUGGACUACUACACGGAGGUCCUGGACCUCUCCUACCUGCUCGACCACCUGGCUUCUGACCCUUUCUUCCGCCACUACCGUCAGCUCAAUGAGAAACUGGUGCAGCUCAUUGAAGACUACAGUCUGGUCUCCUUCAUCCCUCUCAACAUUCAGGACAAGGAGAGUGUCCAGCGGGUCCUACAGGCUGUGGAUAAAGCCAAUGGCUACUGCUUCGGGGUCCAAGAGCAGCGAAGCCUGGAGGCCAUGAUGUCCGCUGCAGUGGGAGCUGAUUUCCAUUUCUCCACCACCCUGGGCGUCCAGGAGAAGUACCUGGCAUCCUCAGACCAGUCAGUGGAGCAGGAAACCAUGCAGCUGUAGCAGCGAGCUGGGCCCUGCAGAGCAAGAAGCAGAACCCAGCAUUGGAGAAAGUGGCAGCCGCCAAUGACCACGGACAGCCCUGCCGCCUCAGAUCGAGAGCAGUCUCCCCAACCAGGCAGAGCACUCACCGCACGCUCAGUGGUUGCUGUUGCCAGGAAUUCAGCACCGGCCCCAGUCGGGCUACGAUGGGAUGUGCUACAAACACAAGAGUUUACUUUCUACUCUUUGUGACCUCCAAGCUUUCCUCAACCGUCUAGGUCCAGAGAGUUGGGGCAGAACAAGGGAAUGGGACCUUCCCUUAGAAGAGGCCUAUGUCUUCAUACAGGACGUCAUUCCCGUCCAAGCACAGGACUGUGCUAGAACUGACACUCAGUCUCCGGUGGUGCGGUUUUGUAAAUUCGCAGUUGUAGCAGUGAGUCCGGUGCCUCAGUUUCCACAGGUGAUGCUCCCUAGCAGAUCUGAGUGUUUUGUUUUCAUGGUAUUUAUUUUAUGGUUUUAUUCCUUUGGGGCAAGGGUCAACUAGUUUUCCAUUUAUACUCGUCAUUAAAAGUUUACUUUGAAAUUGCAAAAAGUGAGUUGUUUGAAGAAAAAUAUUAAGUAUACAGCAUGACCUCACAAGGAGUGUGGCUUGAGGUUGGAAAUAAUGGGGUUUGCUUCCUUUGGUUCUUCCUGCAACUGGUUGAGUGUAAUUCAUAUUUUCAACCAAUAGGUGGCAGUCCAGGCUUAGCAGUCACAGCCCGGAGGCAGCAGGGGACCGAUGGCAACUGUGCCAGAAGUCUCAUUUGCAGACACUUGGUCCUGUUAACAUGUGAGAAGGGCUCGGCCUUUUACAAAGUGCUUCCACACACAUGGUUCUCAUGUGGCUCUCACAGCCAUUCCCGGAGAUCUAGACAAGAUGGAAUAUUAGGAAGCCCCAUUUUACAGUGAGGAAACAGAUGAGUUUGAACUUGGCUCAGCCUGGCUGUCUCAUUGUCCACUUUGCUGACUUCUUUUCUUUCUUUCUUUCUUUCUUUCUUUCUUUCUUUCUUUCUUUCUUUCUUUUCUUUUCUUUUCUUUUCUUUUCUUUUCUUUUCCUUUCUUUUCCUUUCCUUUCUUUUCUUUUCUUUUUUCUUUUUUCUUUCUUUUCUUUUCUUGUUUAUUUGUUUACUUUGAAAGGGAAAGAGAGCAUGUGGAGAGGGCCAGAGAGAGGGAGAGAGAUUCCCAACAGGCUUCACACUGCCAGCACAGAGAGCCUGAUGUGGGGCUCAGACUCAUGAACUGUGAAUUCAUGACCUGAGCCGAAAUCUAGAGUCGGACUCUUGACAAACUUAGCCACCCAGGCGCCCCUUUGCCGACUUCUUAAUGGUGAAAAGUCACGGCCCUUCUCCCACAGGAUUUGUGGCCAAUCAGGGGGAAGAAUUUAAACACCUGUAGAGUAUUCCUGAAUCAUAAAUCAAGGGGAAGAUAGGUCACUGGGGGUUUGGGCAGUUGGAGAAUUCAGCUUAGGAAAAUCUGUUCCGAAGUGGCAUUGAGACGGGGGUGACGGAGCUUUGCUUCCCAAUUGGAGGAGUCAGAGCAGAAGGCAGAAGAGUGAGGGGCUGUGAGGAGGCUCCUCUAGCUGGGAGAGUAUGAAAGCAGCCGACCUCUGCUCCCACGCCUGGCCGAAUGGGGGGUAAUUACUAGGUGCUGCUUCCCCAGCCUCUUUCAUCUGAGAAGUUCAAAGCACCGUACCCCUAUUAACACCCUACAGUAGGUAGGGAGGAUCAACAGCAAGCCAGGGAAACUGAGGCCACGAGGCGCAGCCUGGGGAUGCCUGUGAGUCACUUGUGGGGCCCGGAGCCCAGGAACCCUGACGCCCAGGUUGCUGGACAAAUCCCUCAUCAGGUAGGGUGUGAGGGUGGAUCCUGUUUUGGAACGUAGGACCAGUAGCUGUGGUCAGGGGUUCUGCUGCUUGCCCCAUCACCCUGGCACUUACCAAAGCAAACCAGCUGGAAGGAAGGUGCCAUUUGAACUUUAUGGCCUUGCAUCCAAGCACUCUGAGCAUUUAUCCUCUGCAGUCACGGAGUGGAGAAAGGCGGAAGUCAUCCCACAGUUAAUUUUCAGGCCUUGGAGUGACAGCAAGGGUAUUUCCUCCUCCAGGAAAUGUAGCUCUGUUCACCUACUGAUGGCAAAAUGAUUUUCUGUUCCCCUGCCAUGGUGGGGAGGAGUUGGAAAAUGAAAAGAAAAUAAGUCACCCAUGAUCCCAUAACAUAUAAAUAAUAAAAAAUCUUUGUAAUCUGCAAUAAGUUUUAUAUUCAAAUGUAUAAAUAUAUUUUGUGUUUCUCAGUCUUUUCUAUACAUGGAGGGGGGUAGCUGGAGCAUUUGUACGAGUGGAAUAUGUUAUACUUGCUCUGUAACCUGCGUUUUCUAGUCAACACUUAUUUCAUCCAGUUAAAAAUAGAGAGACCUUUUUAAUGUCUACAUAAUAUUCCAUGGUAAGGCUAUGACAUUGUUUACCUGUCCAGACUCCCAUGGUUAGCCUAAGUCAUUACCAAUUGUUUGCUGUUGUGAAUUGUGCCGCGAUUAUAUUUUCAUACUCAAA